AUGACUGCUAAACCAUUGUUCAAUAUCAACGAACCAGUAUUUGCCUUGCAUCAAGGAAAAACUUACAAGGCUAAGAUUCUUGAAUCAAAACUUGAUGAAGAAAUCAACGAAUGGCAGUACUAUAUUCACUACGAUGGCUGGAAUAAAAAAUGGGAUACAUGGGCACAAGCAGAUGUUUUACAAAAACGUACAGAGAAAACUGAAGAAAUAUUCAAUAAAAUGAAUGCGACAACAAAAAAAUCUGAUUCGAAAAGAUCGAGUAAUAAUAAAUCAAAUAGUAAACGUCCAACGGCAUUACAAACUGAUAUUACUUCACAAAUACAAUUAAAUACGGCAGAUGAUAGUCAUGAUUCAUCAUCAACAACAGCUACUUCAAAAGAAAAUAAUAAACGGUCAAGAAAACGACAACGUACGGAUUCAGUUGAGAAAUUAAAAACAUACGAAAAUAAAAUUGUCAUUGAAAUUAAAUUACCUGAUGAAAUCAAAUUUUGUCUUUCACGUGAUUGGCAUUUAAUUAAUAAUGAACAUAAACUUUUAACAAUUCCAUGUCAACCUACUGUUGAAGAAAUCGCUAAUCUCUAUAAACAAUCAAAAUCAAACAAACAAAAACCAUUUGAAACUGAACAUACAAAUCACUUUGCUGAAAGUAUCAUCACUUAUUUCGAUACAGCUUUAUCAACAAUGCUUUUAUAUGCUGUUGAACGAUCACAAUAUAAACAAUUGCAAGAAAGUCAUGGACUUGGUGAUAAAGCUCAACCAUCUAGUGUUUAUGGUAUCGUACAUUUAUUACGAUUAAUGAGUCAAUUAGGUACAAUAUUAGCUUAUUCACCAUUAGAACAAACUGAAGUUGAUUUUUUACUUGUUCAUAUUGAUGAUUUUAAUCGAUUUUUGGAAAAAAAUAUUAAAAGUUGGAUUAAUGAUGAUCAUUAUGAGAAACCGCUGGCGGUUUUAACUCAAUAA